AUGUUUGACGGCAACAUCUUGAAAGGCCCAUCGGAUGGCCCAUUGCAGCCAGAGGCAUUUGGACGCCUCGUGGCACAGUGCCAGCGACACGGUCGGCAGAAGCGCCUCCUACUCACCGCGGUCUCGCGGUAUGGAAACCAUUGGCACGCCCUGCGGCCAACGAUUGUCCUUCUCAACACGCUCAGAGAAGACACAAAGCAGCGCGGCGCCUGCUGCGUCAGCGAUUCCCCUCUGCGGGCAUCGGUCGGCCCUUGGACUGCUGUGUGGGCCGCUAUGUCGAAUCCCCGGGAGCCUCUCCGCACGCCCGCCUGGCUGCACCAGCAUUCUAUGCGCCGGCCCCAAUGCUACGAGACCGUCGCCGUCGGCGGCUCGCCGAGCCUGGACUAUUACCUGCCGAGCCGUACCGAGCAGGACUGGCAGCGACGUCGUGGGCUGCUGGGCGAGUACUUGCGCUGGGUCCGUGCGCGACUCGGAGUGGGGAUCGGGCUGCCGCAAGUACCCACCGACCGCAACAUACGGCUGUUGAUGGUCGCGAGGCGUGGUGCUUCAGGGGUGAAGCGACGGAUUGUCAACUUGGCUGCGCUCAUUGCGGCGGCGCGCCGGAGGCCAGGGCUGGAGGUGACCGUGGUAGACUUUGCGCGAUUGCCUCUGCGUGAGCAGAUUGCACUCACAUCGCGACACGACCUCUACGUUGGGAUGCAAGGGACCUCGAUGAUGAACGCGAUGUGGCUCCCUGCGCACGGCGUGCCGCUGAUGGUGCUCGCUUGCGGCUGCUCACACCGCUCCAACUUCUUCAACUUGCUGCGCCACGGCGCGCCCGGCGUCCUCUACCAGUUUCGAGGCGAGGACCCGAGCAGGCCCGGCCAGAAGUGCUCCCGUUGCGCCCUGGGCGGCGUCUCGGCCAGCGUGCCGCUCCCAUGCUUUCACCACAUGCUGGGUCAGAUGACCGUCCAUGCACGGUGGGGCCUCACGCGGAAUGCGCCGGAGCUUGUUUUGAACUCGACCGCCGCAGUCGAGCGCGUUCCGAGAUCGCGGGCGCCGCUCUUUGUUUCGGAUUCGAACGGGCAGCACUGCGCUCGCCCCACAGAGGCGAGCAGGACAGCGGGAGCAGAGCUGCGUGCGCGGCAUUCCAAGUCACACCGCGGCGCGUGCGUGGACCACAACUCAAUGUGCGUCAGCUGGGCAGCGGCCGGAUACUGCACCAGCGGCAACGUGUAUGAAAAGUUCAUGCAUUUAAAGUGCCCAGCCUCAUGCGAAUAUUGCGCUCGAGUUCGCCGUCCAUAA